AUGGAUAUUGCCACGAUGUUCGAUGAUGUUAAACGAAUGAAUAAAAGACAGUUCCUCUACCAAGUUCUGAGUUUUGGUAUGAUAGUGUCCUCUGCUCUUAUGAUAUGGAAGGGUCUGAUGGUGGUAACAGGCAGCGAAAGCCCCAUAGUUGUGGUUUUAUCUGGCAGUAUGGAACCAGCAUUCCAUCGAGGGGAUUUGUUGUUUUUGACAAAUUACCCUGAAGAACCUGUAAGAGUAGGAGAAAUAGUUGUGUUCAAAGUUGAAGGAAGAGACAUUCCAAUUGUGCAUAGAGUAUUAAAACUUCACGAAAAAAAUAAUGGCACAGUUAAGUUCCUAACCAAAGGAGACAAUAACAGUGUAGAUGACAGAGGGUUGUAUGCUCCUGGGCAACUUUGGUUGACGAAAAAAGAUGUUGUCGGAAGAGCAAGAGGAUUCUUGCCUUAUGUAGGAAUGGUCACAAUUUUAAUGAACGAAUAUCCUAAAUUUAAGUAUGCUGUUUUGGCCUGUUUGGGUUUCUACGUUCUUAUACACAGAGAAUAA